GUGUGCCAGGAUUGGUGGGUGGAUCUGGAGUCCCACCUAGGCGCGCUGUGUCUUGUGGGUGGGAGCGCUGUCUCGUUUUGGCGUUUCGCUCAAUGCUGCGGCGGGGAGACCGGGAGCUGACGCAGAGACACUUGAAUUAGCUUCAGCAGAAGAGAAAUGGAGGAGCCAUAGAACGUUAAGGAUGAAUUCAGGAAGACCCGAGACCAUGGAGAACUUGCCUGCUCUCUACACUAUUUUCCAAGGAGAGGUUGCUAUGGUGACAGACUAUGGAGCCUUCAUCAAAAUCCCAGGCUGUCGGAAGCAAGGUCUGGUCCAUCGAACUCACAUGUCAUCCUGUCGUGUGGAUAAGCCCUCUGAGAUAGUAGAUGUCGGAGACAAAGUGUGGGUUAAGCUUAUUGGUCGAGAGAUGAAAAAUGAUAGGAUAAAAGUGUCCCUCUCCAUGAAAGUUGUCAACCAAGGGACUGGGAAAGACCUCGACCCCAACAACGUUAUCAUUGAGCAAGAGGAGAGGCGGCGGCGGUCCUUCCAGGAUUACACUGGGCAGAAGAUCACCCUCGAGGCUGUCCUGAACACCACCUGCAAGAAGUGUGGCUGUAAAGGCCACUUCGCAAAGGAUUGUUUUAUGCAACCAGGAGGGACCAAAUAUUCUCUGAUACCUGAUGAGGAAGAGGAGAAGGAAGAGGCAAAGUCAGCAGAGUUUGAGAAGCCUGAUCCCACGAAGAAUUCUUCUAGAAAAAGAAAGAAGGAAAAGAAGAAGAAAAAACAUAGAGACAGGAAGUCGUCUGACUCUGACAGCUCAGACUCUGAGAGCGACACAGGCAAGAGGGCAAGGCACACAUCAAAAGACAGCAAGGCCGCGAAGAAGAAGAAGAAGAAGAAGAAGCACAAGAAGAAGCACAAGGAGUGAGAGUGGAGAGGGGGGUGGUUGAGAGGAGGAGGAACCAGGGGCCUUGUGCCUUGAAGCCCUGGCUCCCCGAAAGACUCAGUGCGAGUAUGGCCUCCCACCCCACUGACUUCGCGCCCGCGGGAGAUGGCUUCCCCUCGUGCAGCAGGCAGGUUUGGGAGUUAGAUGUCAGAGCAUCUGCCUGACUGAGUUGUUGUUAACUUAUCAUUCCUGGUCCCUUUGCAAGUGACCCCUGCAGCUCACCCAUUCAUUCACUCAGUCCUUCAUUCGGCAGGAGGUCCUAUUACCCUCUCCAGCUGCCACUGCCAGAGCCAGAUUCCUGCACAGGAGUCCAGGCUGCAGCCACAGGUACUGCUGUGGAGGCAAGUCUGGCUGUAGUUGGAGAACAGGAAUGGGCCCCUCCCUGUUGGGUCUGCCCUGGGCUGAUUGGUGAGUGAUCCCUGCGGCAUCCAACACAGGGGCCGAGGGAGACCGGCAGGAUGAGGGAGAACAUGGUAAGAAGUGGUGCUCACUUUUUCCAUUCCCCUAACAUGAUUCCACCAUGCUACAAGUGACAGCCAGAAAACCAUUGUUUGCAGUGACUGAGCUUGUGUGUGACAUUCUGCCAGACCACUGAACCAGAUAGCUCAAGCCAAAAUCAUUGCUUUACUUUGUAUUUACUACUGUGUGAGUCAGUUGGUUCCACUUCAGGUCUCUGCUUAAAUUCCUGGCACUAAAUGGAAGUGUGUUUGGUUUCAAA